AUGAAACACCCCUAUUUAAUGUGUAAAUGGAGCCGUCCAUGUAAGUUUGGCGGAUCAUCAAAAUGAAUAUUGCUUAACGGAGUUUAUUGUGGAUUCUGAAUGUUAUGAGAAAAUAUUUUGGAGAAUGUUGUAGUGAAUAAAAAUAUGCUAAGAUAUACCCAUACAAAUUGACCAACUACCAUAUUUGUCCUAUUAUUUAUUCCGGUGAUUCUGUGUCAUGUCGGCGCAGCCCCAGUGGCCUAAUGGAUAAGGCACUGGCCUCCUAAGCCAGGGAUUGUGGGUUCGAGUCCCAUCUGGGGUGGAAGUUAUUUUCUGCUUUUGCGAUUUAAUUUGAUGUGAAAAGCAUCAAACAGUGGAUGUAAUUUUUCUUUUUUGACUGGAAGCAGAGGCAGCUGUCUGGAUAUGGACUUUGAAAGGGUGAGCUUCUGCAUUCUCCUGUGCACACUGACAGCAUCGGUGGAUCUAUCCAGGAAAAAGUGCUCCAAGCCUCCAACCCAGCAGCUCCGAGAGGCCACCGUGCAUUGGGAUGCUGCCCACAAAAGUGUAAUCCUGACGGAGGGCGUGAUGGAGACAGAGGGGGGAGCCUACGGCUACUUCAACGACACCCUGCUGCUCUCCGGAUGGGGCGUCCUGGAGAUCAGCGCGGGUUAUGGAGGAAGUUCGCUGGAUGACGAGACCGUCUUCUUCCUGGCUGGAUACCUGGAGGGUUACCUCACCGCCGGACAGAUGAUCAGUCAUUACUCCAACAUGUACCCUCAGCUCAUAAAGGAUGAAGGAGUUUUAAACCCCUUAAAAACCUUUUUAAGCAAACAGGAUCAGUGGGCCAGAGAGCAGGUGAAAGAGAGGAGAAACAGCGACCCCCUGUGGAGCCAACUGGGAUUGAUCCUGGCCCAGAUGGACGGGCUCCACGCCGGAGCCGCACAGUGGGCCAAAAGCAAACACAGAGAGCCCCUGUCAGCGUUUGCGGUCCAGUUCCUGAACGGGGUCGGCGACCUCCUGGACCUGGUCCCGGCCCUGACGCCCCGCUCCAAUUCCUCCACGGGGGCUGGAGCCUUCAGGAUGCCAGGAAUGGGCCACUGCACCGCUCUCAUAAAGGUGCUGCCCGGCUUUGAGAACCUGCUGUUGGGUCACUCCAGCUGGUACACGUACGCCGCCACCAUGCGUAUCUACAAACACUGGGACUUCCGGGUGUCUGACCCGAACUCGGCCACAGCAAAGAUGUCGUUCAGCAGCUACCCCGGCUUCCUGAUGUCCCUGGAUGACUUCUACCUGCUGGGAAGCGGCCUGCUGAUGACUCAGACCUCCAUCGGUGUCUUCAACACCUCCCUGUUCUCUGGGCUCAGCCCUCACAGCCUGCUGGCCUGGCAGCGAGUCCGCCUGGCCAACAGUUUGGCGAGCAGCGGAGAGGAAUGGGCCGAGGUUUUCUCGAAACACAACUCAGGUACAUACAACAGCCAGUACAUGGUGGUGGACUUGAGCAAAGUUUCUCUGCGCCACAGCAUCAGAGACGGAGCUCUGACUGUGGUGGAGCAGAUCCCGGGAAAGGUGGUGUAUUCAGAUCAGACCCAGGCUCUGCGCAGAGGUUACUGGCCGUCAUACAACAUACCGUUCAACGCUGAGGUCUACAACCUCAGCGGCUAUGGGGUGAUGUGGAAAAGAUAUGGAGAAGAUUUCUCCUACGAUCUUUGUCCUCGAGCUAAAAUCCUGCGCAGGGACCAGGCUAAAGUAUCCAACCUGAACUCCUUGAAAUAUGUGAUGAGAUACAACAACUAUAAGAGGGAUCCGUACUCCAAGGGCCAUCCGUGCAAAACCAUCUGUUGCAGAAACGACCUGAGACCACGGAGGCCACGACCGGGAGGCUGCUAUGACACAAAGGUGACGGACUACCAGAUGGCUCUCCAACUGGCUGCGGAGGCUAUAAAUGGCCCCACCACGCAGGGGGGGCUGCGUCCAUUCACAUGGCAGUCCUUCAACCUCACCGCUCACCAGGGUCUCCCUCACACGUACAAUUUUUCCUUCGUCACCAUGAGGCCGACACUGGUCCAGCCCUGAGAGAGUGAAGACGCCCCACAUACAGGAGGAGGAAGAUCAUGGUUGAAAUGGAUUUGUGAGAAAGUCCUGAUUAAAGGGAGAAACUUA